UACAGCCACGUUUAUGCAGAGCUCCACAUAUGACUUUUCUACUGAUCACCUUAGGCCCCUGCAUGUGGUAUCAAGAAGCAGUGCUUGUGACUGUAGAGAAGGGAAACUCUGUCUUGUUCAACUGUUCCCAGAAAUUUGCCAAUGCAACAAAGAUUGAAUUCUAUUGGUAUAAAGAAGAAGCCAGCCCAAUGAGUAUUUGUGAAUUCGUUCUGGAGAACAAAAGUGGGAAUAUGAGAAACUGCAAGACACGCCUGCUUGUCACUGAGUCACCAUGGCCAAUGCUGCUACUACAGGAUGUGAGGGUCAGUGACAGUGGGAGAUACAAAUGUAAGACAGAAAGAUUCAUUCCACCGCCUAAUGUUGGGGACACAAGUGAGACAAAUCUUUCUGUGGUGGGUCCUCCGGAUAUUACCCUGCAAUACACCUUCUUUAAUCACUCUUCAGACUGUGUACAGCUUUUAUGUAUUCUGGAGGACUUCUUCCCCUAUGAGGUGAAUGUAACCUGGUGGAAAGAUGGCCGGAGAGUUGAUGAGGGAGACCACCUACAGGGUCUGUUCUCUGAUCAAACUGUUAUCAUCGCAUCUUUCAACAUUUGCAAGCCCAGCUGGAAAUCAGGUGAUGUGGUUUCCUGUUUAGUAAACCACUCAGCAUCUGCUUCAGUCAUGGGCAAAAAUGUUACUCUUUACCCAAAUAAAGACACAUUAUAUACAAAUUACUGGAACAACGUCAGCAGAAUCUGUGCAAGUGCAGCAUUUAUAAUUAUGCUACUUUGCUACUGUGCAUUUAGAUAUGUUAAAGUUCAUGAUCUUUACUAUACAAGCGACAAUGAUGGCAAUGUGAACUGGUUAUCAGAUGCUAGCAAGUACAUUGAAGCUGAUGCAUACAGAACUAUACAUCUCAACCACCAUGAUAUGCCUGUUGAUUUUGGUCUCUUGAAACUUCAUCGUGGUGCAAGCAGGUUCAUGGCAAAAUGUCAAAAUGAUUGCCAUCGAGUAGAAGGACAACAAGAAAAGGCAUUAGCCUCCUAA